AGGGAAAGGAUGCAUAAGGAAUUGGUACAUCGAAGGCUUUUGUGAAAAGAACACUCAGUUAGAGUUUACCAGUUGAGUGAGUGAAUCACACAUAGACGAAACAUCUUGUGUCAGGGGAUGGUUGAGAUAAGGUGGCUAUUUCUCCUGUAGUUUUGAGAGCACCGAAGAUCUAAUUUACGCAGGGAUUGGCUGAUGAGCUAAUAUAACGCGCGUCUUCUUGUAAAGAGAGAUCCGCCGCUUAAUAACAAAAAUUUUGGGAACAAUACCUCUGAAGGCUGAUAAACAACAUAGAUACGACAGGAGUACAUUUAAUUUAUGCAGUUGAUAACUUCAUUUUCACUUUACUCAAAUACUCGGCGGUACAUAACUGUUUACCAUCUUGUGGACUGAUAUGCUGUUGACUUGGUUCGGUUAGAGUCGCUUGUUGAACCGUAAAUUAAGAGUAACGCAUCUGUUGAACCUGGAGGACUAUUGAGUUGAAAAGGAGAAACAUACAACCCUCGAAUUUAAAAUCUUGUUUGCGGUAAACGCCUUUAUCAAAAAGCUGACACUUUCCUCGCUGAAGCAGCGACGACCACAAGGUACCUUACAAAUGGGAAAUGGAUCGGAUCCGUUUCAAGAUCAUGGCUUCGAUUUACUUCUUUGCGAGAAUCAUCUUGGCUCUGGAUUGACAUUCGCCGGUUUAGUAUUUAUGUUAGUGAUUAUGAUAACUUCUCUUUUUGGCAACACACUCGUGUGCAUAGCAAGUGUAAAAUUUUCGUAUCUGCAUUCAUAUUCGGAGCAUUUCAUAGUCAGCCUUGCCCUGUCAGACAUAAUGGUCGCGGUCUUCGUUCUGCCGUUUGACGUCAUAUACUGGAUAACCUUCCCCAGGUGGCCUUUGGGUGGGUACGUGUGCAAUCUAUGGAACGCGUCCUUUUUUCUUUUCCUAACAGCUUCCGUGUUAAAUCUGACAGCAAUAAGUAUAGACCGCUAUUUAGCCGUGGUAUAUCCACUUCGCUAUACCAUAUGGAUGACGUCGAAGGUGGCCAAAUCCAUGAUAGCCAGUGUUUGGCUGUACUCUUUCAGUAUUGCAAUUUUAUUGCUUUUUUUGUUAGAUCCGCCGAAAGACGAGACUUAUAGUUUUGACUUGAACCCGUUUGUUCAUGGUUUCCUCCUCAUCGGAAAUGUUAUCUUCCCCUUUCUUAUUAUGAUGAUUUUGUAUUUCAAGAUUUAUACAAUCGCUAAAGGGCACGCCCAGCGUACUGGGGUUAAUACCAUGACGUCAUCAAAUAGGGCUUCGUCAGUGGCGUCAUCGCGAACGACUUCUUUUGGACGGGAACUGAGAAUCGCUAAGAUGCUUGGGAUCGUGGUGCUGUGCUUUGUUAUCUGCUGGUUGCCUUUUGAAAUCAUUAAUGUUGUGAUUCUUAUCGACGAAGGUGUAGAGACAUGCGCAGUGGAGCUUGUUGAUACUGUCACGUGCUGGCUUGCAUACCUGCAUUCUUCGCUCAAUCCGCUGCUGUACGCGUUUACGGGCUCAGAGUUUAGACGCGCGUUCAGAAAGCUUUUGUGCAGAAGAGAAUGGAGAACUGGUGCAGAAUUGUCUCAUAGUCAAAGCAAUGCCGCUAAAAGACUGCCUGCCGGCUCCGUAUCGGAUAUGAAACCGCAGGAGAUCAGUAGCUUACAUCUUUGACUCUCAGCUACUGUGGCUUGGUUUUACAAUUUUAUUCUAGUUUUUCAAAGACUGGCCAGCCGAUAAUGGCAUAACUUAACUGUCGCAAUGACGCCUUACUUUAGAACGCUUUUCAGUUAAGUGUAAAAAUGUAAAGUCAAAAAAACACAUAUUCCUAUAAUAUCAGAGUUUAACUUCACAAAAAGGUGGCUGGAAAACAGCCCUAAAACAUGUAACUAACGACCAAGUCGUUAUUGGCUUUAGUUUUGCUUUGAUUGCUUGAGAGGGCCUCACGAAUGUUUGCACCGAUCAUAUUGGCAAUACUCAUUUAAAAACUACUAUGCGACUGCAGAAUAUCUCAAAAGUUAGGGACAGAAAAAGUCUGGAAGGGGGUGGACAAGACUGAAGGGAAAGACCAGAAAUGGUUAUAAACAAUUAAAGGAAUGUCAAUAUAUAAACACGUGUUGGUAAUUCUUU